GUAGUAUAUAGUUGUACCAUUACUUUAGAAAAACACAUAAAGUCGUACGCGUUUCGUUUCUGAGGUUUCCGACGUUUCCGUAGUGCAGAAAACCGCAGUAGAUUUGUAGAUGCAGCUGUAGUGGUUGUGAAUACUCCUAGUACUGUUUGAUCUCUUUCGCGGAAUGUCGACAUUUCCAAUUUACAUAGUUGAUAGAGCAUAGAAAAAAUAUGGAAGCUGACAAAAUUUCAAUUUUAGAAAAAUUGGUUUCUGCUUUAGAAUUAAAAGUAUAUGGUACAAAUAAAGAGGUACCAACUUCUCUGCCAAGUGGUAGCCUUCUUGAUGAAGUUAAACAAGUUGACAAUAACAUUGGUAAUGCAUGUAUUGGUCACCCAUAUGCUACUGCAUUACUCAGUCAUGUAAAACUUUUGGACAAGUUGAUGGAUCCUUUUUAUGAAGACUAUCAAACUGAAUUAUCUAAAAGAGAAGUUAUACUUUCUGCUGAAUCUGAAAUAGUUAAAUAUGCUCAACAACUUCAACAGCUUAAUGAAAAAUGGCCUGCUCUAAAUGAUAAGUAUUACAGUGAAAUAGACAAGCAUACUGAAGAAAUUGAAAAAUUGGUUGAGAAUGAACGAAAACAACAUGAAUUAAUUAAAGAACAAACCGAGCACAUAAAUACGUUAUUAUUCAGGUACGAACAAGUUAUGUUAAAAUUUUCAAUGGCGUUUGAUACGUUAGAAAAAGAAAUUACAGUAUUAGAGUAUAAAACUUCAAAAAAAACAGAAGAAGAUAAUGAGGAUGAUAAAUAAUUCAAAUGCUAUACAUUGUUUACAUUAAAAUUAUAAUUAUUUAUCUCCAGUAACAUAUUUGUAUAUAUUAUAACUUGUUAA